ACACAUACAUAUACAUAUCUUUUCUUUUAUUGUGUUAAACUCACCUCAAUGAUUCCUUGAUCUUACUACAGGUAGACUCUCCAGAAAUGUGGCCAUGACAGGAAAUAUUCUUUUGAAUGGAAAGAAGAGAAGACUAGAUUAUGGUGUUAUUGCUUAUGUGACCCAAGAGGAUGUGAUGUUGGGAACUCUAACAGUUAGAGAAACCAUAACCUACUCAGCUCAUCUGAGGCUUCCAAAUAACUUGACCAAAUAUGAAGUAAACGACAUUGUCAAUGGAACCAUCAUGUCCAUGGGUCUCCAAGAUUGUGCUGAUAAUGUGAUAGGAAACUGGCAUUUGAGAGGUAUCAGUGGUGGGGAGAAGAAGAGACUGAGCAUAGCACUUGAGAUCCUCACAAUGCCACGAGUUUUGUUCCUCGAUGAACCUACCAGUCGCCUUGACAGUGCCUCUGCCUUCUUUGUGAUCCAAACUCUCAGGAACAUUGCCUGUGAAGGAAGGACGGUUAUCUCUUCUAUUCAUCAACCUAGUAGUGAAGUGUUUGCAUUAUUGGAUGAUCUGUUCUUGCUAUCUGGUGGUGAAACUGUUUAUUUUGGAGAAGCAAAGAUGGCAGUAGAGUUCUUUGCUGAAGCUGGAUUUCCAUGCCCCAAAAGAAGGAAUCCUUCUGAUCACUUCCUGCGGUGUAUAAAUUCAAAUUUUGACACUGUCACAACCACACUAAAAGGUUCUCAAAGACUUCGGCAUCUUGAGAAAGUUCCUUCUUUCAGGGAAAUAACUUCUUUUGGUUCCAAGAGGCACCAACCUCUUCAUUCACUGUCCACUCAAGAGGAUCUCGACUCUCCUCGGCAGUAGAAGCAACAAUAGCAACCAUGUGAAGCCUUGAGUUUGAACUAUGUGAUUGCUGUAACGUAGUUUCUGAUAUUCAUUAAUUAUCAAAGUCCUUGGAUGCAAAGAAACAAAUGUAAAAAUGCAUCAAAAAGUUUCUGAUUGAUUUUUAUGUAGAAGGGAUGUCUUCCCUUUUGAUCAAGAUAAUUUGUGAGGGAUCAAAGCUUACAUCUUUCUGUUUGUUUUUGAACCUCAAUCAGUCGGCCAUGGCUCCCAGCAAGCCUGAUUCCAGUGUAUUACUUAUCUUUCUAUGUGAUUCUUAGUCUGUUAGAUGGGUGCUUAAUUAUUCUGCUUACCAUUAGGGUUUGUAUGUGAGUCUUUCUCCUGUGUUGGGAUGGUUAGUUGCUGCUGAUUGCUACCUUGUUCUACAUAAAUUUUUUGUAUUUGCUGAUUUGAAUGCUUUCUCGAUUAAGUUCAUUGUUUUCUUUGUAUUGUAUGAGUGAGAAUGGAAAAUUUGGAGGAAAUUUGAGUUGGUCAUCUUGAACAAUGUAUAAAUGUUAAACAGACAG